AUGGGAAGCGUGUUCAGUGGGCUUACAAAGGAAGACAUACAAGCGGUGAAAAAGGAAGGCUGCAAACUUCCGCAGGAGGAGAUAAAGAAGCUGUACAUUCGGUUCAAGGAGCUGGACAAGGAGGAAAUAGGGCGCAUAUACAUGGACCAGCUCCUUUGCAUACCGGAAAUAAGCAUAAACCCGAUGGGGGAGCGAGUGAUCCGGAAAAUAUGCGAUAAAGAGGGAAAGAUAGACUUCAACGGAUUUAUUCGGGCAGCAACUCUUUUCAGCAAGUACGGAACAAACGAGGAAAAAGUGACUUUUUUCUUCGAUAUGAUAGCCGAGAACGGGAAGCUAACAAAAGAAGCCCUGCAGGACCUCUCCAGCGACCUGUACACGCACGAGUCGGAGAGCGAGGGAAUAAAAGCGGGAAUAGAGGAGGUUUUCAGAGUCUACGGAAAGGACAAGAAGCCGUUUAUAGAGUGUGCUGACCUGAAGGGAAUGGACUGCGGCGCACUGGGCAACAUACUGUGA